UGAGUUUUUUCAUAAUAUGUCGUUUAAAAAAUUGUUUGGAAAUAAAAAACUACCGAUAAUUGGAAUGAUACAUGUUGGAGCACUACCAGGUACUCCUUAUUAUGGUAAAAGCUUCGAAGCGGUUGUACAUAAAGCGUGCCAAGAUGCUCAUAUAUAUAAAAAACAUAAUAUUGAUGGUGUAAUUGUAGAAAAUAUGCAUGAUAUUCCAUAUGUAAAAUCAAAUCAUUAUGAACCAGAAAUAAUUGCGUCAAUGACAAGAUUAUGUUCAGAAAUUAAGCAAAUUUUACCAAAAACUACUUCGUGUGGUAUUCAGAUAUUAGCAGGUAAAAACAUAGAAGCACUCGCUGUUGCAAAAAUUGCAAAUCUUCAAUUUAUUCGAUGUGAAGGUUUCGUAUUUGGUCAUGUAGCUGAUGAGGGUUAUAUCGAUGCUUGUGCUGGACCAUUAUUGAGAUAUCGAAGCAAGAUAGAUGCACAAAAUAUACUUAUUUUCGCUGAUAUCAAAAAGAAGCAUAGUUCUCAUGCCAUAACGAAUGAUGUCAAUAUAAUUGAAACAGCAAAAGCCGCAGAUUUUUUUAAGGCAGAUGGUGUGAUUAUAACUGGAAAAGGCACUGGUGACCCUGCUAAUGACAACGAACUUCAACAAUUAAAGGAAAAUUUGAAAAUACCAGUAUUGAUAGGAUCAGGUAUCGAUUAUGAAAAUUUACAUAAAUUUCAAACUGCAGACGCUUUAAUUGUGGGUUCAACAUUUAAAAAAGAUGGAAAAUGGGAAAAUGAUAUUUGCGAGGAACGUCUGACACAUUUUUUAGAAAAAGUUUAUGCUAUAAGAGAAAAAAUUUAA